ACAUAUGCAGUUUUGAAGUUGUUCGUGCACUUAACUUUUUGUCAGCCAUAACCGUCGCAACAUUUACAGUGACAUCUGGUCAUAAUAAAGUUAAAAAUCAUUUCUUAAUUCGAAUACGGAGAGGAAUACAAAAAUAAAACAACAGCUAUUAUUUAAAGAAAUUGCUGAAAAAAGAGACCGGAUAACGAAUGCAUAUUUGUCGCUUCGAGUCUCGAAUGACAGUUGAAUUUCGAAUCAUCAGCGAAUUAACGCGACACCAACAACAAUAGACUGUGUACUAAUAAAAGUAACAACAACCACAGCAAAGAGUAGGAAAAGAAACAAAAGAGAAAGAACGAACACUGGGAAACGAGCAACAAUUCAACGAGUGAAUAAUUCCGCCGGAUCACCGCGCGCCGCGCAGCUGUUUAUAUCGUCUACGUUGCUGUUGUUUCUUGCUUGAAAAGCCAUACACAACCGCUACCAAAGAAGCACAGUCGAGCUUAGUGAGUGAGUAAUCGUCACAACGGAAAAAUUUUUUUAGUGAAACCCCCACGCUGAGGUGUUAAAAUCGAAUUAAAUCCUAUAGAAACUACACGAAAAUAUAGAAUUCAAUAUAUACACUGGAAAUAAGACACAAACAAAAAGCUGAAAAAUAUCGGAAAUCGAAUUGAUGUGGUAGCAGUAAGUGCACUUUCGUUUGCAGUCAUUCAAAGCAUACGUAAAUCAAAAAAGCAAAAAAAAAAAAAAAUCGCUCCACUACAUUGAAAAGUGCACACCACAGCCCUAAAUUAAAAAAUAAAAGAUUAAACGCCGCAAACCAAGCCGUAGAAGCAAUAGCCUUUAAGAUUACCUAUAGUUGCACAGUCGCAGAAGUGGACAAGUUCCAACUCCCACAAUGGAAUACAUUUCAGUUGGUCAAAGCGUUAAAAUUAAGCGCACAGAUGGCCGUGUGCACGCCGCAGUAGUGUCGAAAAUUAACGAGUCUGGCAAAUCAAUAACCGUGGAAUGGUACGAACGUGGCGAAACUAAAGGCAAAGAAGUAGAAUUAGAUGCUAUACUGUCUUUGAAUCCGGAAAUCUUACAAGAUCCCGAACCGGAACAAAAUGCCGCGCCUGAACCGAAAAAACAAGCGACUGCGCCCAUGAAUCUUGCACGCAAUGCCACGCAAGGCGCAAUCGGACAUCGUACCAAUCGUGCCACCAUCAACGCCACCAGUCUACUCUCAUCGUCCGCUGUUUCUGAACAUUCGGAGAAUAUACCACCACCACCGACAACGGGUAUAGUGCGCUCGCGGACUACUAAUAAUGCAACACGGUUGGCCUCAGCUACCGGCAGUGGCAGUGGUGGUGGCGGUGGCGGUGGCAUUGCCAUGAGUACCAGCGCCGGCAACUCCUCUUCAAUUGCAUCUAGUUCAGUGGCAGGCAAUGUAGGUGCACGGCGUUCCUAUGUUGUUAAAGAAGUUGAACGGCUGAAGGAGAACCGUGAAAAGCGGCGUGCUCGUCAAGCAGAAAUUAAAGAGGAAAAAAAUGCACUCAUGAAUCAAGACCCUGGAAAUCCUAAUUGGGAAACCGCACAAAUGAUUCGUGAAUAUCAAAACACCUUAGAGUUUAAUCCACUUGUUGACGGACAAGUCUAUGAGGAUCACCAAAUCACAGUAUGUGUGCGUAAGCGACCGCUCAGCCGCAAAGAAAUAACACGGAAGGAGAUCGAUGUUAUUUCAGUGCCGCGUAAGGACACGCUCAUCGUGCAUGAGCCACGCAACAAGGUCGAUUUAACGAAAUUCCUCGAAAAUCAUAAAUUCCGUUUCGAUUACGCAUUCGAUGAUCGCUGCGACAAUGCCAUGGUCUACAAGUACACUGCUAAACCUUUGGUUCAGACAAUUUUCGAUGGCGGUAUGGCGACAUGUUUCGCCUACGGCCAAACGGGUUCCGGCAAAACGCAUACCAUGGGCGGUGAGUUCAAUGGUAAAGUACAGGACUGCAAGAAUGGUAUUUACGCAAUGGCCGCACGCGACGUUUUCACUUAUUUGAAAAGUCCGCGUUAUCGUACGCUCAAUUUGGUUGUGUCCGCUAGUUUCUUUGAAAUAUACAGUGGCAAGGUCUUUGAUUUACUCUCUGACAAGCAAAAGUUGCGCGUACUCGAAGAUGGCAAGCAACAAGUGCAGGUUGUGGGCUUGACUGAAAGGGUUGUCGAUAGCGUCGAAGAAGUGCUCAAACUUAUACAGCAUGGCAAUAACGCGCGUACCUCUGGUCAGACGUCGGCUAACUCCAAUUCGUCGCGUUCGCAUGCCGUUUUCCAGAUUGUCUUGCGUCCGCCAGGUUCAACUAAAAUACACGGCAAAUUUUCUUUUAUCGACUUAGCUGGCAAUGAACGUGGCGCCGACACAUCAUCUGCUAAUCGUCAGACACGCAUGGAAGGCGCCGAAAUUAACAAAUCACUACUCGCGUUAAAAGAGUGUAUACGUGCUUUGGGCAAACAAUCGGCACAUUUGCCAUUCCGUGUUUCGAAGUUGACACAAGUAUUGCGCGAUUCAUUUAUUGGCGAGAAGAGUAAGACGUGCAUGAUAGCGAUGAUAUCGCCAGGUUUGAGUUCAUGUGAACACACGCUAAAUACAUUACGCUAUGCGGAUCGCGUUAAGGAGCUUGUGGUCAAGGAUAUGCCAGAUAUGAUGCGCGAAGGUGAUGGUGAGCAUGCCAUAAUGGAGGAGGACGAAGAUCAAAUGGUCGUACAGAAUAAUCGUUCGCAUAAUCAUAACAUUAACAACAAUAACAAUAAUAACAAAAACAAUGGACAGAUGUCGGAGAACGAUUUGGCGUUGUUGCGGUCACUAAGUGAACACGACAUGUCAGACGAGUUGCUGGUGCAACACGCAGCUAUUUCCGAUUUGCAACAAACCGAAGAAAUGGUAGUGGAUCAACAUCGUUUAGUCAAUGAUUUUCUCUCACAAUUUUUGCCUGAAUCAUUGCGACUCUAUGAUCUAACCAAUUACGUUGAUUAUGAUCAGGAUGCCUAUUGUAAGCAGGGUGAGGCGCUUUUCACACAACUUGCCGAACUGGCAACCAGUUGUCGAGACUUGAUGGCCGAUUUUCGUGCCAAAAUGGCCAAGGAAGAGAUGUUAUCGUGUACCGUGAAACCGACUGGCGGCAAGCGUUAAACGCACAGUUAACAAUAACAGCAGCAAAAACAUAUAUAUAUUAAUGUAUUAAUACAAAAGAAGACAUUUGUCAUCCAGCAAGCAAGCAUAGCGGCGCUGUAUGGAUAGCAACAAGGAAUUAAGAGAAGAAUAAUCAAUUAUGAUGUUUUACUACAACAGCAACAACAAUAUGUAGGCACAACAACAGCAGCAAUUUAAUGAUUAUACUUAUAUAGAGAUAAACUAUGAAACAAACAAAAAUACUCCUUAUAUCUAACGCACCCACAUUACGAACACAAAAAGCGGAAAAGGAAACAAAACAAAAAACUAUAUUUGUACACCCUAUUCCAGUGGCAAGUAACAAUGUGAUAGGCAUAAAAGUAAAUUGUGGUGUUUUGCAUAUAAGAAAAAACAUAAAACGCUCACAUCACCGCAUCCAAACAUUUCUUUUGAAAAUUAUCAGCAGUUGCUUGCAACAGCCAUCCUCAUCGUAAGUUUACUGAUAUUCACCACGCACAGCUGGCUGCCCAAACCAGUUAUUCAUACAUACAUACAUAUUAACUAUUCCACAUUCAUCCUACGCUCAUGCUCAUACUCAGUCACUCAUUUCUGAACACACACACAUACACACGCGUGUCCAUUUCGGCAAAUCUACGCGGACGCUGUUAACGCUGCAUACGCGUAGACGUUGAUUUAAUGUUGAUGAUAAUAAUGUUGAAGUUGAAUAUGCUUAUUAUAAUUUUAAUAAUAAUUUUUCGUCUUUUACCUUUCUAAGCUA